AAUUAUGUUUGCAAGUCUAGUUCAGCAGUCAGCCUCGAGAGUCUUCACUCGGUCCAUCACUCCUGUAGCUUCCCGAGCUGUCGUGACGAGGUUGUUCGCUACAGAGAGGCAUCAUGGAUCGGUAACCCCCGUCGGUGCUAUUGAGAUGGAUGGCGACGAGUACGACUCUCGAGCUGAAGGAGUGUUGGACACUCUAUUCGAUGCUGUUGAUCAAGCUUGUGAUAAGGAUGGUUCGAAGAUAGCCUCUGUGGAUCUUCAUGAUGGUGGUGUGUUGGAAGUUGAGACUGAUGAUGGACAGACGUUCGUCAUUAACAAACAUGAUGCCAGCAAGCUGUUGUGGUAUUCCUCGCCAGUCAGCGGUCCCGGUUAUUUCGCACCGGAGAUGAAAGACGGCAAAAAGUGGUGGAGUGAAGACCUCAACACUAGUGUUUUCGAUCAGUUCACGAAGGAUCUCAAGCAAAUGGGGUCGACGAAACUACCAGCGUUCGGAAAAUCUGAACAGUGAAUUGUCGGUUACAUCAUCAAGUGGAUAAUUAUUCUGUCCAAUUGCAGUUCUGUUACUUUCA